AUGAACAACUGCUCUCUGACGUCCGAACUGGUAAUCCCGCGUCUGGUUGACCUCAUGAAAAGAUACGGAUAUCCCAUAGAUCAGAAUCUACUUCCGACAAUAGCAGACGUUUACAGACGUCUAGACGAUCAGCUGUUCCAUAACUACAUCGAAGAAAGGACUAACCCAAUUAUCGGCUCUCUAGAGCGAAAUAUGUACGCUGGCAAGUUUAGUUGGAGUUCCUGUACACCCCCCUGUGAAGUAAGAGCUUACAUCAAAGAAUGCAUCUUCAGCUUCAUACAAGUCCACGCCGAGCUGUACUCUACGGGACCCAUGUACAUAAAACGAGUUCUAACGAGCAUUGUGGAGGCAACGAUGGAAGAACUGACCAGGCUCAUGCAGUGCAUUACUCAUUUUAAUAACAAUGGGGCUGCCCAGGCAAGAUUGGAUCUGUGUGCGUUCGGAAUGUCCAUAUACGCUUUUGAGAAUAUAAAAACAAAGCAAUUCAUGAAGGAGGCUUUGAAGUGUAUUCCAGAAUUAAAUGCCGAACAGAGAGGGCUUAACGAGAAGUUGAUAUUGACGUUCAGAAACCACAUGAAGCUGCAUUUGGAAUGUUUCAAAAGCACUUGAAAGCCACGCCCACCAUCUUUAUAACUAUUCUACUAUUUAACCAAUUAUUUUAUUAUGUUAACUUAUAAUUUUAUGUAGUUAUUGUCGCGUUUCGUCAUUUUAAACAUUAAUAAUUGUAAUAUUUAUUUAUUCAUUUUAAAAACUAAAUUAUGAUAAAGUUUCCAAGCGUUCCUAGCUAUCGACAUUCUUUCAUUUGAUUUCAUUUGACCUUCCAGAGAUUUAUUUUUUGUCACCUUUAGUGUUUUUUGUAUACUUUAACCCAUAUGUAUGUGUGUGUGUGUGUGUACGUUACAAUUUUUAAUGAACGUUUCGCACUAAUUGUACAUGAGAUCUAUUUAAGCAACUGAAAUAUUGUAAAUUUAAGACAUUUUUGAAUAAAUUUAUAUUUACAAAAAAACCAUAACCCACAAUUCAAAAAUAUGAAAUUUUUUUUCACAAAAUAGAUUUCUUUGAAAAAAAAGUUAGUAAGUUUUCA